AUGGACAAAUUCGUCGUCAGACAGCCGGUCCAGCCCGUCGAGCCGGAGGAAGCCUUCAGGAGGUACUGGGGCAAGGAGCGCGUGCUGCGCCCGCUGCAGAAGGAGGCCAUCCGGCACGUCCUCAACGGGGAGGACACCUUCGUGCGCCUCGCAACAGGGGGGGGCAAGUCGCUGUGCUAUCAGGUGCCCGCUCUGGCGCGGAACGGCGUCGUCGUCGUCAUCACGCCGCUCCUCGCGCUCGGAACCGAGCAGGUCGCGGGGCUCGUGGAGCGCGGCAUCCACGCCGCCUUGUGGUCCUCUGAAACGCGCAUCACGCAGCGGCGGGACAUUGCCAGGGACCUCCAGGACCCGCGGCCGAAGCUGCGCCUGCUCUACACGUGCCCCGAGAGCCUCGAGGCGCAGACGGGCCUGUGCCUGCGCGACAUCCUCGCCGAGUGCCACGCGUGCGGGAACUUGGUGGCCCUGGCUGUCGACGAAGCACACUGCAUCGUGGAGUGGGGGCAGUCGUUUCGCAAGUCCUUCACGCGCCUCGGAGCGCUGCGCGACAGCCUCCCUGGCGUGCCGUUCAUGGCGCUGACGGCGUCCGCGACGAAGACGACCGUCGACAAGAUCUGUGCGGAGCUGCGCAUGCACGCGCCGCGGAUGUGCAUGGCCGACACGGUCAACCGCCCGGAGAUAAGGUACGACGUGCGAUUCAAGGACGACGCGAACCCCGACGCGGACGAGCAGCACCUGGUCGACACGCUGGGCGGCAUGUACGAGGCGAGCGACAGCGAGGGGGGGGGUGCGCGCGGACCCAAGGGGAUCGUGUACGCGUGGACGAAGGCGACGUGCGAGCGGCUCGCGAAGAAGCUGCGGGAGAACGGCAUCCCCGCGGCGCACUUCCACAGCGACGUGCCGGACAAGGCCCGCGUGCAGAACGACUGGGCGACCGGCAAGGUGCCGUGCGUGGUGUGCACCAUCGCGCUCGGCAUGGGCCUGGACGUGCCCGACAUCAGGUACGUCAUCCACUGGGACGCGCCCGACUCCAUGACAAAGUACUACCAGGAGAGCGGACGCGGCGGCCGGGACGGCCAGCCCUGCCGCGCGCUCCUGUACGCAUCGAGCGACACGAUCAGGGCCCGCGCUCGCGUCCUCUCGAACGACGGCGACGGGGACUCCGUGGCGACCAAGGCCCUCGAGAAGGUCUUCGACUGGAUCCGGUGCUGCGGAUGCAAGCGCACGAAGCUCCUGAAGCACUUCGGGGAGUCCCGGACAGAAACGUGCAAGGGGGGCGCGGAGGAAGUGUGCUGCUGGUGCCGGGACCCGAAGGCCGCGCGGGCUGCGCUUCCGCCCUGGGCGCGGGACGCGGAUGGCGGCGACGAGGGGUGCUCGCCGCCGCGCGCGUCUGCGGCCCCAGCGGCGCCGGAGCGGCCGUUGAAGCGCGUGUGUCUGCCCAAGGGGCCGCCGGCGGAGCCCCGGCGCACGGCGCUGACCAGCAACGUGCAGCGGCAGUCGUAUGCCACACUCAGCAAACCGUUCAAGCCGCCCAGGCGGAUAGGAGAAACCGGUGCCGCGAAACCGCACGCGGGUGCGGUGCGACAAGCGGGGGGAACGUAA